GUCUUAUCUCAUCGUUAUCGCUUUACGAUAUAAAUAUAAAAGCCACACAAUACCAACUAGCCACGCAACCAGUUUCAGCAGUUCAGACGUCGUUGACCCAUCAUGAAUCUAUAUUACAUACCGAUUUCUCCGCCAUGCUGGACGGUGCAGCUGUUAAGCCUUCAACUCGGUAUAACCUUGAACUUGAAGGAAAUCGACUACGAUGCCGGAGAACACCUGAAGGAGGAUUUCCUAAAGAUUAACCCAGCACACGCGGUUCCCACGUUGGUAGAUGGCGACGACUACUCACUGCCUGAAUCACGUGCCAUCAUGGUCUACUUGAUGGAGUUGAAGGCUGCCAACAUUUGUGGCGAACAUCCGCUGUACCCAAAAGAUGCCAAGAUGCGUGGGCUCAUUCACAGUCGGUUGGAUUUCGACUUGGGAAUGCUCUACUCGCGAUUCUACACCUACUGUUCUCCCCUGUGGGAUAGCGAAUCCCUGGACAGGACAGAGAAAAAUCGCGAGAAGGUCCAGGAAGCCUUGGGAAUUUUGGAAGCAUUUUUGACCAAAACCCGAUAUGUGGCAGCAGACUAUCUUACCAUUGCGGAUAUAUCGGUUUUCGUCAGCGUGACCUCGUUGGACUUUUGCAGCUUUGACCGGGUCAAGUAUGUGAAGGUGGCGGCUUGGUAUGACACAUGCAAGAAGGAACUGGUUGGCUAUAAGGAUGUGAUUGAAAAAAUAAGCCCGGUAUUUAAGGAGUUCUUGGCUCAGUCGCAGCAAAAUUGAUAGAGAAGUUCAAGGUUUCCUGCAGAGAUUGAA